ACACGCCACACGACUUCCAGCCGAGAAACUCAGAUAACAAAAGAAAUUAGUAGUAACACCAGCCGGACACGGUGGAACAGUGUAAUAAAACCCUCUUCUAUUAAAUAACCCAAGAAAUAUGAAUUCUCUCACCAGACAGUUGUUUAAAGCUGCCAAAAAGGUAGGAGCGCGCAAUUUGAGCCUUUCAGGAGUAAGGAGACAGGAACCACAGCCUGCCGAAGUGAGUGCGCAAUUUGGCAGGGCACCACUAACACAUUUGACUGAAGAUGAACAGGUCAUGAAAGACACAGUUGCCCGCUUGGCACAGGAUCAAAUCGCUCCUUACGUCCGGGAAAUGGAAAAUGAAGGAAAAGUGAAAGAAUCCGUAUUGAAAAUGUUGUUCGAAAAUGGGCUUAUGGGUAUAGAAAUUGAUUCGGACUAUGGCGGUGCAGGAUGCAAUUUCAUGACCACUAUACUAACAGUCGAAGAAAUUUCAAAAGUCGAUCCCGCCGUAGCUGCCCUUGUAGACAUCCACAACACCCUCGUGAACACUGUGAUAAUAAAAUUAGGUAACAAACAGCAAAAGGAACAGUAUCUACCAAGGCUAGCUACAGAUAUGGUAGCAAGUUUUGCCCUCUCAGAACCAUCCUCAGGAUCGGACGCCUUCGCCCUAAAAACAACAGCCAAAAAAGACGGAUCUGAUUAUAUUUUAAACGGUUCCAAAAUGUGGAUCUCGAAUUCAGACCUAGCUGGAGUAUUUCUCAUCAUGGCUAACGCCAAUCCUUCUGCGGGCUACAAAGGAAUCACGUGCUUUAUCGUAGACAGAGAUACCCCCGGCUUCAGCGUAGCCAAACCAGAGAAUAAACUUGGAAUCGUAGCUUCUGGAACCUGCAUGUUAAACAUGGAUAACGUCAGAGUGCCAGAAACAGCCAUUUUGGGUGAAUUCGGACAAGGUUAUAAAAUAGCAGCUUCCAUUCUCAAUGAAGGAAGGGUUGGAAUCGCUGCUCAAAUGAUCGGAUUGGCACAAGGAUGUUACGAUCACACAAUACCGUACACUCUGGAGAGACAACAGUUUGGAAAGCCAAUUUUCAGCUUCCAGGGUAUGCAGUACCAGAUAGCCGAAGUAGCCACCCAAAUCGAAGCUGCUCGUCUUCUCACCUACAACGCGGCCCGUAUGGUGGAAGCUAAAGUACCAUUCGUGAAAGAAGCCGCCAUGGCUAAAUACUACGCUGCAGACAUUGCCCAGAACGUUACCGUCAAAUGCAUAGACUGGAUGGGAGGAGUUGGCUUCACCAAGGACUUUAUUCAAGAGAAAUACUACAGGGACGUCAAAAUCGGCAGCAUUUACGAAGGUACUGCCAAUAUGCAACUGAGCACCAUCGCUAAAUUAAUCGAGAAGGAAUUCAAGCAAUAAAUUCGAUGAUACUGAACUGAUCAUUUCACUUUUCAACUAGCGUGCAACAUUUUUACAAAACUAAAUUUAAAAUGAUUGGCCUUCUUAUGAAAUCACUUUAGAAUGGCCAUAUAAGCUUGUUAAAGCGACGCAUGUCUAUAAACAUACUAAAUAUUAAAAAUAAACACAAACAAAUCUCGGAAUAUGGCAAAAAUGCGUCCAAAACCCAUAUUGUUAACCCAAUCGUACUACCAAUGCAUUUUAGAUAUUUUAUAAAGUAUUAGCAUGGUAUUAACAAAACAAUCACACUUUCAAAAAUAUCUCAAACUCCUUAAAUAGAAGAACUAUAUCACAAACGGGCUAUCAAUAGGAAAAAAUCGUUUGCUUGGCAACAAUGGUGUUAGUUAAUAGAAUUCCGGCGAAACUUUUUAGAUCUGUUGAUAGAUGGCGCUGGUAUUUAAUUGAAUUAUUUUAAUAAUAUAAAUAAUUACAUAAUAUAUUAAAAAUUUUCGCACGAAAAAACUCCAUUAAGAUAUUUUUAAACAUAUCCUUUAUAUGGAGACAUGUGCCAAAAUAAUAAAGCAAGCAUUUCAUAAGAAACUUCUGUAAAUAUCAAAUUCAUCGUUCAUGCGGUAUUUUCAGUAUAUUUAAUUUUUUUAUAAGUUUAAUAUAAUCGUCUAUUGUAAUUCGUUAAAUGAAUUCUCUUUGUAUAUAUUUAAUAUAUUUUUAUAAUUAUAUAAGUAUUUGUCAAUAAAUGAUUGUUCUAAAAGUG